AUGGACAAGGACGCGGCGCACGAGUACCUGUCGUCGCUGCUGAACCAGAACCUGCGCGUCGUAACGACAGACGGCCGCCUUUUCUGGGGCCAAUUCAAAUGCACCGAUGCUGAACGCAAUAUUGUGUUGGCGCACACGUACGAGUACCGUUCUCCGUCCGAGGAGCAGCGGGCGCAGGCCCUGACACAGGCUGCGGGCAGCAAUGUGAAACUAGACAUGACAUCACGAUACUUGGGUCUUGUUGUCGUUCCUGGUCAUCGCAUUACAAAGAUGGAGGUUGAGCGGUUCGCGAGUCAAAUGAGACAAUGGGACAGUCAAGCUGUUGCGUAG